AUGGCGGACAAAUUAACAAAAGCAAUUUUAAAGCGCACCAUAGCACUUAAUCGCUUGAAGGAAUCCUUUGUAAUUGGAAGGAACGCUUCAACUGAUGAAGCUUUUAAAUCCUCAUUUUUAGCUAGAGCCAAUGAAAUUGAUGGAAUCUAUGGUGACUUUCAAAGUGCUCAUAAUAAUAUCAUAUCAUCAAUAACUGAGGAAGAAUUCAAAGAUCACGAUAUAUUGCGGAUUUCGGCGGAUAGUGCCUACUAUGGGCUAAGACUAGAUACUGAUUAUGAAGAAAAUCAGUCAAAUGAAACCUCACUUUUAGAUGUAUUUUCCCGUGGGGUUCGAUCAGUUCCAGAACUGCCACAUUUCUAUGCACAGGUCCCCGAAUGUAUUUUGUCCGAUAAACAUCCAUCGAGUCCAGCAUGCUCUGCUGAUAUUGGUGAUGAGUUGAUCAAAUUAGGUUCUUUUAGAGAAAUAUGGCAUAUGGAAACUUCUUGGUUAAAUCACGUUCAUACGAUUUUAUCAGAUUCGAUUGAUGAUGUUGAUCCAAAUACUUCCUGGUCAGCAUUUCACGCUAAGAAACAGCGAGCGUUUUUAAAACCUACCACCUCCUUAAAUGCUCUACCUCCUCUCUUUCACGAAAAGUUAACUUUCCCUGAUAUGAUUAAACCUGGUUAA